GUGAGACACGGCCUGGCCCCCCUCAUGCUGCAGCUGCUUUUCCUCAUUCUCUUCUCUGGAGUCCUUCUGGCAUUUCUUCUCCAAGUUCCAAAGGUUCCCUGCACCCAGGAUCAGGAGGAGAUCUACCAGGAGCUCAUGCAGCUGAAGCCUAGAGUCGACCUCAUAUGCCGCCCUUGCCCCUGGGACUGGAUGUUCUUCCAUGGAAAGUGUUUCUUCUUCUCCAUAACUAAACGUAAUUGGAGUUAUUCCCUCACUGCUUGCCAGGAAGUAGGAGCCCAACUAAUCAUCAUCGAAAGUGAUGAGGAGCAGAGUUUCAUACAGAAGAUGAAUAAGAUUAAAAGCCAUCUCUGGAUAGGGCUGUCAGACAUGAAACAUGAAGGCUCAUGGCAGUGGGUGGAUGAGUCACCUUUGUUGCCAAGAUUUAAAAAAUAUUGGUCCCCAUGGAAAAAAAGAGACCAUCCAGAGGCUGACUGUGCAGAACUGACAGAUCUUGGCUGGGAGGUUGACAAGUGCGGAACAGAGAAAUCCUGGAUCUGCAAGAAGUCCUCAGCAUCCUGCUCCAACAACUGAUGUUCAGAGCCUUCAUCCAGUAACUGAUGGAAGCAGAUGCAGAGAUCCAUAGCCAAGCACCAGGCCGAGCUCCAGGAGUCCAGUUCACAAGAGCAAAGAGGGAUUCUACGAGCAAGGGGCAUCAAGAUCAUGAUGGGGAAACCUACAAAGACAACCAAACCAAACCACUGGGAACUCAUGAACUGUGGACUAAUAGCCGUGGAGCCUCCAUGGGACUGGACUGGACCCUAUGCAUAGGCGAGACAAUUGUAUAGCUUGACCUGCUUAAGGGGCUCCCUUGCAGUGGGAUCAGGAUCCAUCCCUGGUGCGUGAUCAGGCCUUC